GAAACCAUAGCGACGGUUGACCGACCAUGACUCGAGGAACAAAACGUCAAACCUAAGGCUACCAAUCAACGUGCAUAAGAAGCGGCCCCAACCGACCCGGGCGAUGCCAACCGCGCAACCACUGGUCGCCGCGCCACCCCAGGCCCAGGAAUAGCCCAGUCCGCAACCGGGAGACCUCAACCAGGGAGAGGAGGAGCGGGGCAAAGGGACUGGGUGUCCCCCAAGCCGCUGCGCGGGACGUGGAAGGGACGAAAGAGGAGGCUGAAAGGGAAACAUCAGCCGCCCCAGGGGAGUUAAAAUGAGUGACAACACUACUCUGGCUGCUCCAGCUUCAAACCAGGGUCCUACCACCCCACGCAAAGGCCCUCCCAAGUUCAAGCAGAGGCAGACUCGCCAAUUCAAGAGUAAACCUCCAAAGAAAGGUGUGAAAGGAUUUGGAGAUGACAUUCCAGGAAUGGAGGGGCUAGGAACAGAUAUCACGGUGAUUUGUCCGUGGGAGGCAUUCAGCCACCUGGAAUUGCAUGAGCUCGCUCAGUUUGGGAUUAUCUGAAGUGCCAGAGGUUCUGCCACUCUCAACGACAUCUGCUGUAAUUUUGGUUGCUUUUGCCCUGUUGAUCUGCCAGAGUCUUGAAAUUCAGCUGAUUGGAAGUGGUUUCUUUGACUUUCAAGGUCAUUCCCUAUCAGUUACUACUAAGAGUUCUCUUACUGUCAGAAUCUCUCUUGCAGUACAGCUCAAAAUAGUGGAUGCAUUUCAAACUUGACCACCUUUUCCUACCAGCUAGUUAGAAGUCAUCAAUAUUUCUCUACAUUUUGUUUAUCUGUAAGUCCUUUAAGUCUAUUUUUGCUAGGCAUUCAUUAUGAUUAAUAGUAGACUUUUAAGACAACAUUUAUGUCACUCCCCACCUCCUCAUAUUUAAUAAAGGAGAUAUUUACCUUGAAUGUUGGUGAAGUUGUAUUAAAUGCUACGUAGAAAUAUCUGAUGCUGUGUUCUGAGAACCAAUUAAACAAAGAGGGCACAGUCAUACAGGAAAUAAGUGCAGUGCUUAACAAAACAGCAUAGGAUUAAGAUUUGAAUUCUGUAAGUAAGUUUGCAAAUUGUAUAAUUUCCGGGUCUAAAUUUUUUUUUUUUUUUAAUUUGAGACGGACUCUUGCUCUGUCGCCCAGGCUGGAGUGCAGUGGCGCGAUCUCGGCUCACUGCAAGCUCCGCCUCCCGGGUUCAUGCCAUUCUCCUGCUUCAGCCUCCCGAGUAGCUGGGACUACAGGCGCCUGCCACCAUGCCUGGCUAAUUUUUUGUAUAUUUAGUAGAGAUGGGGUUUCACUGUGUUGGCCAGGAUGGUCUCGAUCUCUUGACCUCGUGAUCCACCCCCGCUGGGCCUCCCGAAGUGCUGGGAUUACAGGCGUGAGCCACUGCGCCCGGCCACUGGGUCUAAAUUUUAUUGAACUAGGUUAUUCCAGAAGUCUCAUGCAGCUCUAAGUUGUAUAGUUCUAAGUUGGUGAGGAACUGGGAUUUAAACUCAGAAUUCUGACAAUGUGAGCCUUCUUUUCGGUACUCUGGUUGAGGAAGGUUUCCUUCCACGGCAUCCCUUCAGUGAAAUUAUUUU